AUGAAUCGCUACAGCUCAUUAGACAAAUUACUGGGGGUCACCGCUUGGAUCAAGCGCUUCACCAGAAAUUGUAGACACCCACAGAACAAAUGCUUGGAGGCGUUCUUAUCGCCACAAGAGCUCCAGGAUGCUCUUCUUCAUUGGGUUCGUUCUGUGCAAGAAGAGAACUUUGAAAAUGAGAUUGAUAUUUUGAGAAAAGAGUAUCGCUACGGCGUCCGCCACAUCCAGACGCUAUGUAUGACAUUAAAUUUAUUGGCGUUGUUUAUCGCUCGUAGCAGCUUGGGAGUAGCUAUUCUAGCUAUGACUGACAUGACAAGACGGAAUGAUCCAAAUGUUACUGUGUAUAAUUGGGAUAAAAAGACUCAAAGUCUUGUACUAUCUUCAUUUUUCGCGGGUUAUAUCCUGAUGCAGAUCCCUGGUGGUCUGCUAGCCAAAAGAUAUGGCGGAAAGCCUGUCAUACUUUCUGCAUUAUUAGCUAACGGCGUAAUUUGCGCUAUCCUCCCUAGCCUCGUAGCAUUUGGUGGAUGGCAGAUAGUAUGUGCGUGCCGAAUAUUAUUAGGUCUCACACAGGCAUGUCUGGUUCCUAGCACUCACACGCUUCUUGGCAAAUGGCUGCCAGCACAUGAGAUGACAUCAUACAGCGGCAUAGUGUAUGGAGGUAUGCACUUCGGCACUAUGAUUUCUAUGCCAUUAUCUGGUUUUUUGGCAGAAACGAAAAUGGGCUGGAAGCUCAUUUUCUAUGUUGUAUCUGGCAUAUUAUUCGCGACUGCCGCUGUUUGGGCUUUCUUCUCAGCCAAUUCUCCCGGUGAACAUCGUUUUAUAACUAAGGAAGAAAAAGAAUAUAUAGAGAAAGGGUUAAAUGUUGCUACUGGUAAGGCAUUAAAAACACCAUGGAAACGAAUUUUGACUACAACUGGAUUUUGGGCUAUUGCGGUCGCUCAUAUAGGCUCCGUCGUGGGAUAUAUUCUUUUCUUCGUGGACAUGCCCACCUACUUGGAGAAAGGCUUACAGAUUUCAUUAAAAAAUAGCGCGACAUUAUCAGCAUUACCUUACAUGGGCAUGGCUAUAGGGAACUUUGUUUCUACACAAUUUUUUGAAAAAUUAUUCACUAAAGGAUUUUUGUCCCUAAUAGCCUGUAGAAAAUUAUGUACCUCUAUUGGAUUCGUUGGAAUGUCACUUGGUCUAAUAGUGCUAUCAUUCAUUGGACCGGAAAAUAAGGUUAUGGCAAUCAUUGCUUUAACUCUGGCUCUUGCAUCAUGCGGGUUUUGGGGUGCUGGAUUUACAUUGAGCUACAUAGACCUCUCUCCAAACUACGGCGGCGUGAUGUUGUCUAUUAAUAACUGCAUCGCUAACGUUGGGAGCGUCAUUACUCCGAUUGUUACCAGUUUUAUUCUUCGUAAUGAUCCAACAGAUAUAACUCGUUGGCGUAUCGUGUUCCUCAUAACAGCGGGAAUUUCCAUGUUGGCCAAUGCUGGGUUCGUGUUGUUCGCGACUGCGGAGAGGCAGGAGUGGGAUGAUCCGGACUAUCUGGAGAAGAAGAAGGCUGAUCCAGAAGAGUUGCAGCCUGCUUUAGAGCCUGAGAAAACCUCUUGA